CCCAGCAUGUCCGCCAGGCCCAACAUCCUCCCCAAGCCGGCAGACGCUCCGCCGGCGGGCGCUACCGCCGAGCCGGCCGCUGCCAGAUGCACGCCACAGCGCAAAGUGGGCGUAGCCUGCAAGGCCUGCCAAUCACGCCGCACCAAAUGCGACGGCGCGCGGCCAAGCUGUCAAGCAUGCGUCCACCGCAAGUCGCGAUGCGAGUGGGCCACCGCCCCCGGCCAAUCGCAUUCCCAGGCCCGGAAGCAGCAGAUCAUGUCGCUCGAGAAAGACAAAAGCGCCAUGUUUGAGAUCCUGUGGUACCUGCAGACCACCGCCCCGGAGCGCGCAACCGAGCUCCUGCACCGCCUGCGAUCGGUCCAGGGCGGCGAUGUGGGAGCCAUGCUCGACUACAUCGCGAGAGACCGGAGCGACCAGUCAACAAUGGGAGCGCCCAUGUCCGCAGCAGCAUCAUCGGCAUCCUUGUCCUCGUCCUCGUCCUCAUCGGUAUCAUCAUCAUCUGCCUCAGCCCGGCGCUCUCUGCCCUUCACCCAAGCGGGCGAAGCAUUUUCCUUGUCCAACCCAGUUCUCACCGGCUACCCCGAGUCCCCGUUCUUCAGGAGCCCUGAUGCGGCCGGAUCGCUUGUUUUCGCCCGUCCCCCUCCCGGCCAGAACGCCACUAUCCACGGAGCUAGACCGGCCAUCGACAUGUUCUUCUGGUGCAUCGGCGGCUUGUUCUACGUCUCCGACAAGGCCGACGUGGACAGGACCGUUAGGCGCUUCGCCGACCUUUCCGACGGCUUGACCCUGGCUGACCUCGUCAGCAGAGCAGGCAGCCUCGAGGUCAGGGCCCUUGCUGCUGAGCUAGCAGGCAUGGCCGCCAUGGGCUCAUUGCAUUUGGUGCUCCGCGUGCCCGACAACGCCCCUUCUAUCGAGAUGGCCGAUUAUUUCUACGCUGUGGCGAAGCAUGGCUUGGAUAGUGCCAUUCUGUACAACCCCCUCCGUGCCAUGAAAGUCUGCACCCUAGUGGCCUUUUACAACAUCGCCUUGCACGCUACCGUCGCUUUAGCCUACAUUGAACUCGGUCUGAGCCUGGCGCGUAACCAUGGCCUCAACAAUGACACCGGCCCGCCAGGAAUAUCUCGCGCUGAACUUGCCGACUACAAGCGAACACGCAGGACCCUUAUUCAACUGCAAUGUUGGCUUAGCGCUUCGUUGGACUACCUCCCCGAGUCACUCAGCAACAACCUCCAAUUAGUUGUAGAUGAGGAAGACUGCGCCCCUGAGCAUGUCAUCCAACGCGAAGCCGUCAAGGUGACAGUCAUCAAGGCAAGAAUUCACCAUCACCUGCCCGAUGGAUAUGUCUCCGAGGUGGCAGUCGCCGAACUUCGAGCAAAACUCAACGCCUUCUACGAGAACCUUCCGAAUUGGAUGAAGCUGGACUACCUUCUAAUCGCUGAGCCGGACAGCCCGGCAUCCCAGCAUCGUGCCGUGAUUUUCUACGUUCAUCUUUUCUAUGUUUCGGCCAUGAUGCUGCUCUCACGCCGGCUCAUGAUUGCGCACUUUUCUCCCGAUGCCACCGGAAGAGUAUCUAUUGGGCGUGAAUCUAGUCUGGCUAUUGAGGAAGGAUACAUGGCCGCCAAGGCUAACGCUAGAGUCUUGUCUCUGAUGCUCGCCGAGGGAAGCGUCGUCCAGACCUGCUGGCUUUGCAUAUUCACCGCCUACACAUCCUGCACUAUGAUUCUCUACUGCGCCACCCAAAAAGCCCUCAGCAAUCUCCCCUCUUCCAGCUGGGCCUCUGACUUCGAACUCAUCUCGAAGUGCUUCCAGACGCUCACCUUCUGUGCCCUCAAAGACCGCCUGGCCGGCUCCUUCCGCGACAACCUCGCCCGCUACGUCGCCGUGCUGCACGACUACCAGGGGCAAAAUGACCAACUCCACAAAGGCAACGAAGCGUCCCUCAGCGACGUUCUCUUCACUAUGCACCCCGGCACCACCAAUCUGCACCAAGCAGCCCGUGAUCUGCUCCGCUUGAUCCACCGUCCGUUUAGCGGGCCGGGCGCGCAGGAGCCGCACCUUGAAUCUACCAUGACGAACUGUAUAGAGACGACGCUGGGCACGCAUCUAGAGUGGCAGUGGGAGUUGAAGGGACCGAAGGCUGGUACAGGUAUAGCGCAUGAGAACGCGCCGAUGACGGAUCUGCUGCUGCACAAUGAGAGGUGGACGACCUGGACGCCGUUUGCGAGCGCGCGGGGUUGAGUGAGCGGAUCAAAAGACGGCCUGCAUAGAGCUAGGGAGUAUAGGUUACGGUCUUAUUUUCACGUCCUUUUCUCAUGGGGGUUUGGGAGUUUUCCAUUUGAUCGCCUUUACGAAGAACGGAAACGGCAAAUUGAUACAUAGCGACGGCAACAAGGAGGAGGGGCACACGGAGAUAUAGACGGCUCCUAAUGAGUAUUUAUCACAUG